GAUGGUAUUCCUAACAUGAUUCCUCAAGAUGCAAAGCUGAUCAAGAAGGCUGAGGGAAUUGAAGAGCCCACCCAGUCAUAGGUGGAACUACAGCAUAAGCCGAGUGCAGUUGUUUAUUAUAUUACAUUUGCAGUAAACAUCUAAGCCAUAAUGCUAUUUUCUCUGUCAACUGUCACUGUGAUAGUACCAAUUUUGUCCUUAAUUGGACUAAUGUAUUCUGCAAGUGUGGAUGAAAAUUUCCCCCAGGGCUGUACCGGCUCAAACAGUGUGUGUUUCUAUAGUCUCUUGUUGCCGGUCACUAUUCCUGUGUACGUGUUCUUUCAUCUGUGGAAAUGGAUGGGAAUCAAGCUGUUUAGACACAAUUAGAAUGUUUGUUUAAUCAGAAGGGUAAAUAAAAUUCUAUGCAGACAUAAGUGAUUUAAAUUUGUAUUUUUAAGAACGUUAAAACUUUGUGUUUGUGAUUGACUAGAUGGGUUACAAAAUAAAUAAACAUAUGACUAUAUUUUACCACUA